GCCCAGACCCUCCGCGCGAGGGCGCGCGCGCGCGCCCCCCCAUCGGAUGGCGGCGUUCCGGGCCGGCGCGGGCGGAGUCGGGAUGAGCCAGGGCAUGGGCACGGCUGCUGCUACCAAGCGGAUCCAGAGGGAGCUGAAGGAGAUCCACACGACCCCUUCGCGGCAUUGGACCGCCGCCCCCGUCGGGGACGACCUGUUCGAGUGGCAGUUCGCGGUCCGGGGGCCGCCCGGCACCGACUUCGAGGGCGGCAUCUACACGGGGCGCAUCGUGCUGCCGGCGGGGAGGGCGCGCGUCUGGAGGGGCAGGCUGCGGCUGAAGACGACGCCGAGGGGGGCUCCAGCAGGGCAGCUUGUGGCCGGCUCCGAAGGGGGGCGCCAGGCGCUCGUGGCCGGCUCCGAGGGGCACGAGGACCUGGCUGGCAAGGCGAAGGUCCAGAAGAGGACCCUCGAGCCCGACAUCGACGACGAGCCGCUCUCCGUGCUUGUGAAGCCGCUGCUAGCGCAGGUCCAGAAUUUCUACGACUGGAUCGACGCCGGUCCGAGGCGUAGCGACGGCUGGAGGGCGAGGGAGUCCGAGGCGCGUCUGGCAGCAAAGAGCGCCGCUGCCAUCGCUGAUCGCGGCCGCGCCCGCGAUGAGCAGCACGGCAGGCGAGUCUCAGCCAGGAUUCAGCGCGGGGUCGGGCCCCAGCUGUGCAUACCUGAUGACACGGACGGGCGGGCCGAGGCGGUCAGGCACCAGCCACAGUGGCCAGGCGAGGCGGCCAAGUACAAGUACGGGUACGAUCGUUGCGGAGCCAAGGCCAGGACGCCAGAGGACCUGAGCUCGGGCUUCUGCAGAGGGCAGCCAAAGGCGGUCGAGGACGCCCACCCGACGUAUCAGCUCAUGAUCUCGGCGGCGCUUCUGCGAGACGAGUACACAGGAGUUCCGUCGAACGAGAACUCGCGCACAAGACGGAACAACAUGCGGAAGGGCAAAGAUCCAGUCAAGCUACAGUUCUGGGGCGACCCCGUCAGAGUGGUCAGGGAGACCGACCCGCUCGAGCAGCGCCUCAGUGGCGACCUCGGCGCGCGGGCAGUGCACACCGUGGGCAGCGCGCUGGAGGCCAAUCUAGCGGAGGUGCACGACGACUGCGAUGUGCUGGAGGAACCCGACGGGAGCGACGAGCUGGAGAUGUCCACCGGGUGCGGCGGCGUGGCCUCCUUCGGCGAGCUCAUGGGGCCUGGAUGUGCCCUCUCCGUGGCGCCUGUCUGCCGCCGCUACUGCGUCGGGGACUUGUACGCCGUGAAGGGCCACUGGCUCGCCGACAUCUGCGCGACGGAGAUGCGCCCGCCCUGGGACGCGCCGGGCGGGCGGCGGCGCGGGCGGGCGCGCGCGCGCUCCGCGGACCGGCCGCGCAGGUUGCCGGACGGCCCGCCCGGCGGCGCCGCGAGGCUGGCGCCCCAGACGCUCUUGGAGGGCGGGGCGCUGCUGCACCCGCAGGGCGUCGCCGUGGACCAGAAGCACAAGCGGCUGGUCGUCGCCGACCCCGACAACCAGACGAUCUGGAGCUACCGGCUCGAGGUGGACGGCGGCAGGCUACACGCGGUGACCCCGCCGGACCGCGUCGUCCGCGGGCUCGAGUCCCGCUGGGUGGCGGUGGACACCAACGGCAACGUGCUCUUCUCCGACGAGGCGGAGAGCCAGAUCUGGAGGAUCGCCUGGGCGCCGCCGGAGCAGCGGCGGAGCGGGGAGCAGGGCGGCGAGGCGUCCCGCUUCGGCACGUCGUCGGGGGUGGUGGUGAAGGCGUCGGAGGUGCCGCUGCCAGAGCCGCGGGAGGAGGAGUCCGUCGUGGUGCUCGGGAAGAACGCUCAGAAAUGCUACGGCGUGUGCCUCGCCCUCAACAACGUGUUCUACACCGACUCCAGUCAUAACUUGUACGGAGUGAAAAAGUCAGGAGGCGACGUGGCGGUUGUUUCGUCCGGGCUAUCGAAGCCGCGCGGCUGCGCGUACGACAAGGAUGGAAGCGUCUACGUGGCGGACCGCGGGGCGGGGGCGGUGUACUACUUCCCUGGCAACAUGGUUGUGCUCGGCUCUUCUGACCUCGUUAAGGCGUUCGACCUGGACGACGCUUUCGGCCUGACGUUCCUGGCCCAUUCCGAGUCGUCGUCAGUUGGUGAGACCGUGAGCAGCGCCUUCGGCGUCGUCUUCGGCUGA